UAUGGUAAUUGACUAAUAGUUGACUUGUAGUCUUGCAGGAAACAUACUAGUUAGAGUUCUUUCUGUUAAGUGUUGCUUGAUUCUUUGUAGUGUGUAGGUCGGAUUCUUGUUUCUUUGUUUCUCGAUUCUUUUAUUAGUUCAAAUGAAAAAUAUUCAAUGAGAUGGUUCAUUCUUUUCCCCUGAUUUGGCGUCAGCUGGGGAUCACAUCUUAGCUUAAAUUGAGGAAAGCCUGAUUGAGUGGAGAGGGGCCAUUCUUCCGAAUAUUAUGGAAGGUCUCUGUAUUCGCAUGGCUAACUUUGAUAGUUACAUUAUAUUCUAUUAAUAGGUUUGAUGAUCUCUCUCUUUCUCUCAGCAUCUGGUCUCAUUUUCUUUUCAUUCAUCUCUUUCUUUUUCUUUCUUUUUCCCUCUCCCUAUUCCGUUUGUUGUUUCUUUGGUAAGAAUUCGAUCUUGUUUUCCUUAUGUUCUAUGAGAAGUUAUCGUUUUCUGUAAGCCACAACAAUGAGUUUGGGAACCGUCACUGGGCCAUACACCGAAGAAUUUUUGGUGUGCCAAUCUAUCCACAACAUAUGCCCCAAAAGUAUAUGGCAUGACAUCCAUAUUUUUGAUUAUGCCUUCCCUGUUCUACUGGUCCAGACCAUUCUAAUUUUCUUUGUUUCAAGAUUUAUCUACUUUGUAUUGAGGCCUCUUCAACAAAGUAUGAUGAUGGCACAACUUUUGGUGAGCUCUCUCCGUUCUCUCUCUCUCUCUCUCUCUCUCUCUCUCUCUCUCAACCAAUAGUAUACACCAACAUGUAUUGCAUGACACAAAAUUUAUCCCCGGAGGGGGGUGUCAAACCGAGGGUCAAAUUGCUUAAAUCAAAGGAGAAAGAGAAAGAUAGGAAAGACGCCAAGUCAAGCCAUGUACUACUAUUAUGCAUCCAAGAAUUUCAUUUUAGUUCUACCCUAUUGUUUGCACAUUGUGGCAAUGUUAAUUGUUAACCUCUGUUAAAUGGUGGUCACCGAUCUAUCUUACUUAAAUUAGAAUUGAAAUGGAGUGUGGAUAUUGCUACAGUAAGAGUAAAUUGAUCAAAUUAAAAUAUUACAGACCAAAAGUGAAGUUCACUCAAAAUAUAUCGAUGCAAACUUGUAAUUGACUUCGUAUAUUAAUUACUUCACAAGUUUCUCAUGCUAGGGUAAUGCAGGGUAGACAGCUUCAUGUAAACUUGCUAGAACAGUAAGACAAUUGCAAGAAACAUAGUAUUCAUCUAUCUCAAGAUAGGAAUGCCUACAAAGUAUGAUAGUAGCAAUUAACUCUUCCGCCAGAUCGAUUGCCCAGAAGGUGAAUGAUUGAACAGUUUUCAGCCUUGUAAAUGGAUGAUUGCGAACUUAUCAAAAGCUUGAGGCUGUUUUGCUAAUCCUCUUUUUUAAACUAUGAAUACAAGAUACCCAUUUUACACAACUAGAAUGAUCCAAAUUGCUUUGCCUGCGAUUGUUCUUGUUCUUUUGCUCUGCUGUAUAUGUCUUGAUUGUAGUGAUGUGAUGAUUUACUUCAACCAGGCUGGUAUUAUAAUAGGUCCCACCAUUCUAGGGCGGUACGUGACGUUUAUGCGUUACUUGUUCCCUCCAGAAGGCAGAGUGACUCUUCAAAUAUUUGCAAAUUUGGGUUUCAUGUUUCACUUCUUCAUACUAGGAGUUCAGUUGAAUGCAAACUUACUGAAAAAGGUAGGAACUAAUGCUGCACUAAUAGGGAGCCUGGCUUUUGCUAUGCCUUAUGUUAUUGGUGGCUUGACCUACUUGACCAUGCGCUCCCUAAUGCCUAUGGACCAGACAUUAAGAACUGGCCUUGUAGUGGUAGUGACAGCGAAUUCCCUUUCUUCCUUUCCUGUUAUUAUCAGCCUCCUUUCUGAGUUAAAUAUUCUCAAUUCGGAACUGGGACGCUUAGCCAUCUACACCUCGAUGGUCAGUGAUUUGUGCUGCGUGUGUAUGGCUACAACUUUGACAACAGUUGGUGCAUUCCGCGAACACUCCAAAUGGAAUUCAUUAUCAUCUAUGUUCUGGAUGGUCUUCUUUGUUUUUGUUAUUCUUUUUGUUUUGCGGCCUUUCAUACUAUGGUUAACCCAAAAAACCCCAGAAGGACAACAGUUGGAGGAGUUUCACUUUUUCGUCAUUCUUGUACUUGUCUUUGGGUGUGCCUUCUGUAGCCAGUAUCUUGGCCGGCAACCUGCAUUUGGCCCUUUAUUGUUGGGCAUUGUCUUGCCUGAAGGACCACCGAUAGCAACAACCGUGGUAAAGAAGCUCGACACCAUCACAAAUGGACUGUUCAUUCCCGUUUUCUUUGCAAUUAGUGGCUUGACUACAGACUUAAUGGCCUUCCGAGGACGGAGAGCUUUGGCCAUAACCGAGUUAGUCAUCAUUAUGGGAUAUGUAGGGAAGUUCCUGGGCACACUUCUGCCUGCACUUUAUUUCGGAGUUCCUUUCCGGGAUGCCACUUCUCUUGCUCUAAUCAUGUGUUGCAAAGGCAUCAUCGAUGUUGCUAUAUAUAAUGCAUGGAGGGACGGCAAGAUCAUGGAUGACCUUUGUUUUGGCCUUCUCUUAAUUACAAUGCUGAUUGUAACCGGCAUUGCCAGAAUUAUGGUAGGUCGUCUCUACGAUCCAUCGAGGAGGUACACAGCCUACGGGAGAAGGACCAUUCUCAACUCUAGCAACAACAGCAGGCUCCGGAUUUUGGUCUGUAUCCAAAACGAAGAACAUGUCCCGGGCCUCAUAAACCUCCUUGAAGCCUCUAAUCCCACGAGGUUCAAUCCCAUUACAGUCUUCGUUCUACACUUGAGUGAACUCACUGGCCAUGCAGUCGCUUCGCUUGUUCCCCACCACCAUCUGAAGAAAGUUACAUCUCAGGCCACCAGUUCUAAACACAUUGUCAACGCCUUCAACAGAUACGAGCAGCGCCAACAAGGGAGUGCUCUGGUGCAGCACUUCAACGCAAUUGCGCCGUACUCAAGUAUGCAUGACGACGUAUGCAGUUUGGCACUGGACAAGAGUAUCACCAUUGUAAUCCUUCCCUACCACAAGCAAUGGACAAUAUUUGGAUCAGUAGGAGCAACAAACCGUUCCAUUAAAUAUGUCAACGGCAAAAUCAUGAACAAGGCUCCUUGCUCUGUUAGCUUCCUGAUUGACCGUGGCCAACUAGGUGGUAACCCCUCUGUCGUAAUAGGGAAGACAUUUUAUCGAAUCGCCUUACUCUUCUUCGGUGGUGUGGAUGAUUUGGAGGCACUUGCCUAUGGCAGACGCAUGGCUGAGCAUCCGAAUAUCAGCUUCACACUGGUUCGAUUCAAACACGAAAAAGUGCACACCGAAAAGGGGGAGAUUAAUCCUGAACACGAACUGAUACGAGAGUACACGAUCAGUGCAGCAAUGAGCAAGGGGAAAAACCAGUACAGAGAGGAGACUGUGAAAGACGGGUCUGAAACUACGCAGAUAAUACGUUCUAUGGAGGAUGGUUUUGAUUUGGUGAUUGUGGGUUGCCACCAUGAUCCAGAGUCACCACUUUUAUUAGGCCUAAUGAAUGCAGAUUGGGUGGAGUGCCCUGAGCUUGGGGUCAUCGGAGACAUUUUAGCCGCUACAGAUUUUACAUUUUCAGUUUUGGUGGUGCAGCAACAGCCACCAACAUCCACUUGCAGCAGAUCAGUACAAUCGCUUGUCUUUCCUGCUUCCUUUGAUGAUGGAGGAGAUUGUCCACCACCUCACUCUACAAAUCCAAUAAGUAGUGAUGAGUCAAAAAGAUGCCCAGUCUAGCAUGUCCUUCACUUUCAGAGUAGUGUUUUUCUUUCUGUAGAAAUAGGAGGUCUGCUUAGUAGGAUGCUUUUGUUUUUAUCAAACAAAGUGUAUAUUGUUUUAGCACCAAGAGUUCUUCUAUGUACAGGAUGAUGAAGAAGAGACACGUGAGAAAAUCUUAUUUAUACUCAAUUUUCUUAAGUUUCUGAUUCCAUUUAUUGACAUUUAGGGU